AUGGCUAAAGGCAUUGUGUCACCAUCAUCAAUACCAACACCAGUAGAAGGAGAGAAACCAAUGUUGGAUGUUGGAAUGAGUUACUUGGGUGAGUUAGUCCAGAGAUGCAUGGUUCAAGUCGAAUUAACAAGCUUUAGAAAAAGCAUUAAACUUUGUCGCCUCCAUGAUCUCAUGAGAGACUUAUGCUUGUUAAAGGCCAAAGACGAGAAUUUUCUCAAGAUUGUUCGCAUUAAAGCCUUUGGUCAUCAGCUCGCAUGGGCAGACUCUGCACUGCCUUCUUCAUCAUCAUCAAUAACAACAAUCCGUAGACUUGCCGUGUACUAUUUGGGUGACUGUGAUGCCAACUCUAUAGAAAGUGAAAAUGUUAUUCUCCUAUCUGGACAUGAAAUGAAGAAUCACAGCCAUAUCCGAUCAUGCCAAUUUUACUCUUUUGGCAAAGAAUUGGAAAGUUCUGGUUGGCAAAAAUUAAAAUUACUCUUUAAGGGCCUCACAUUGAUUACAGUUUUAAACCUUGAAAGAAUUACUAUAUCUGGGAAAAGCGAAGGAAAGCUUUCGAGAACAAUAGGAAGCCUAAUUUACUUGAGGUAUUUAAGUAUAAGAUAUUCCACUAUUAAAAGUUUGCCUUCUUCUAUAGGCAACUUGGGAUUCCUCCAAACCCUAGGUUUAAGGGGACAGGGGAGUUUAAGAAUGCCCAAUGUCUUGUGGAGGUUGAAACAAUUGAGACAUCUAUAUCUUCCUGCUGGAAUCAGGUUGACUGGUACAAGUAAGUUACGAUUGGAUGGUUUGAGCAAAUUGGAGACACUAGAAGCGUUUCAUACAGAGUUUUGUGAUGUCAGAUACUUUCCCAAAUUGACAAAUCUUCGAAAAGUUGAAAUUGGUUGGGUAUCCCCCGAAGACUUGGCGGUGAUCCUUAAAUCUCCAAUCCUCCUCAAUAAUUCAAACAGCCUUCUUCUACCAUCUUCAUCCAUCAAGAUUAAUGGAGAUUUCCGAACAGAAGAAGAACAAAGCCUUUUAAGGCAACUUUUAGGAUGCCACAAUCUUCGUAAAUUUGAUUUACGUGGAUCCCUGAAUGUGGUUAAUAAAUUGCUAGACCAAUUCCAUCCAAAUCUCACCAACUUAUUGUUGGAGGAUAGUAAACUAGAGGAAGACCCAAUGCCAACAUUAGGGAAGUUGCCCAACUUAAGGAGUCUCUCCUUAUUUUCAAGGGAGAGUCACUAG